GGUUACAAAUGUCCUCUUACCAAGCAGGGCAGGGUAGGUUGCGUGCAUUUGUCAAGAUCAGCCCUGGAGCCAAAUUGGAGGUCUUGUCCCUUGGGACUUGAGCACUCAGUGUCCCUCCAAAGUAGGUCUCCCUCCAGACUCUGGGCCCUCCACAUGCCUGGCGUCCACUCUGAUCCCUCCUUCUCCAGGCUGGCCUGGGGGAGUGGAGGUGGGUCCAGCAGUCCUGGGUUAGCGGGCCUGGGGUGCAGUUUGCCGCCUCUUCUUCCAGCUGACACCAGCCCAGCCCGCCUCACUGAGGAGCCAUGAGAGCUGCCUACCUCUUCCUGCUAUUCCUGCCUGGCCUGCUGGCUCAGGGGCAAUAUGACCUGGACCCACUGCCACCAUUCCCAGACCACGUCCAGUACACCCAUUACGGUGACCAGAUCGACAACCCGGACUACUACGAUUAUCAAGAGGCCACUCCUCGGCCCUCAGAGGAGCAGUUCCAGUUCCAGUCUCAGCAGCAAGUCCAACAGGAAGUCAUCCCGGCGCCCACCUUCGAGCCAGGAAACGGAGAGACGGAGCCCACAGAGCCUGGGCCUCUUGAUUGCCGGGAGGAGCAGUACCCUUGCACCCGCCUCUACUCCAUACACAAGCCUUGCAAACAGUGUCUCAACGAGGUCUGCUUCUACAGCCUCCGCCGCAUGUAUGUCAUCAAUAAGGAGAUCUGUGUCCGCACAGUCUGUGCCCAUGAAGAGCUCCUCCGAGCUGACCUGUGUCGGGACAAGUUCUCCAAAUGUGGUGUGAUGGCCAGCAGUGGCCUCUGCCAAUCUGUGGCGGCCUCCUGCGCUAGGAGCUGUGGGGGCUGCUAAGGUGCAGCUGGCACCCCGAGCCCUGGCCCCUCCUCAGAUUCCGGGCCCUCGGGCCCUGCCUGACCUGGUGCUUUCCUUACCGGCCUGAUAUUCCCUUUAUUCCAUAAAAAGUUAGUGGACUGUGGCCCACGGGGGUGUCUCAGGCCCCUCCCCAGCCUGUGGCCACCUGAGGCACAUGAGGGCUCCCCACUGCUCAGUCUUUGCCCCCAGGUGGGGGCAUCCCAGGCCUCUCAGUGAACCUGGGUCUCCGAAGUGCCUUCUUAGCCCCUCUGAGGACAGUCCCCCAGCCCCCUGAGGUAGGCUGUGCCCCUCACCCCAGCUGGUCUGCUUGGAUUUCCUACAGCCCCUGGGCGUAGGCCACCUCUGUUUUAUACAAAAUUAAAAAGAAGUUUUUACAAAA